UCUUGCACACGGCACCCUUCUCAUAGCGAACCUUCCGCAGGCUGGUUAACUUGUCCGUGCACUGAAGCACUGUCAAUGGACCUCCCUACACCCAGGGAACUAGACCUUGAAACCGAGCUCAGAAAACGGGAUGCUCAGGUCGCUGAACUUACGGAUGAAGUUACACGUCUUCGUGAACAUCUUGCUGCCCAGAGUGGCGCACCAACCACGGACCUGGUUACGUUGCCCCCUGCGCUAGUCUCUGUAUUGUUACCGCAUAUCAACAAGGCGGCUUCUAGUGAAGGAACAGGAGUGGCUUCUUCGUCGAGUACAGUUAACACCGCGCUAACGCAGAGGGUGCGCAUACUGCAAGAGGAGAACGAUGAACUGUAUGAAAUGCUCAAGUCCGGGGAGACUGGGAAGCUUAAGGAGGAAGUUCGCGGACUCCGACGAGUUGUGGAGAGAUUAGAAGGAGCUUUGCGAGAAUCUCAUCAAGUAAUCGCUUCACUGUCGUCAGAACUAGACAAGUCCUAUGAAAGCUUCCAGACUUCUCUGCGUCAAAUGAACGCUAACCAUCAUUCAUACGCGCCUGCCCCUCGCGAAUUAUAUCACCCCGCAUCCACGAGUAAUGGGGUAAUCAAACUCCCUCCAACCGGACCGAGAGCACACAAGAAGCCACGUCUCUCUGAGCCUAAAGUGUCACCCGCACGUUCUAACAUUUCUCUUCCACCCACAAAACCCCACAUUGGCAAUGCACGCCAGAGUAUUCCCAGAGACUACGAGGCCCCUCGCUCGCCUCGCCUAUCCCCUACAGAGCCCCGUGCCAAAGUAAGCAAUGUGAAGAUGGAGGUUGAUGAAGAUGCGCGGACACGCCCACGCUCUCCAAAUGAUAAUAGGGACCGGGAGAGCCACCGCCGGGACAAAGACUGGGCACGCGACCACGAGGGAGAGCAUGGUAGAGAUAGGGACCGGGACCGUUUUGCGCGGCGCAAUGGUGGUGGUAGUGGUGGCGGAGGGGGACGGAGGGCUCGAGGGUUUGCAGGUCAUGCGUACGCAUUUGGAGAUCGGACGUUGGCGGAAAGAAUGGGACUUUGACCAAACAUUGACAUUCAUGACCACUGCAUCUU